AUGGCAAUUGACAUAUAUUCCAGUAAUCCCUUCAAUACGAACGAAGGUGUGCUUCGUUACUAUGAAUUUAAUAUCACUCAAGAGCAGAAAAAUCCCGAUUGUUCUGACCAUUCACCUCCUGUCUUGAUGAUCAACAAACAAAUGCCCGGUCCACCUAUUGUGGCUAAUCAAGGCGAUAGAAUUCGAGUUUUAAUUCGUAACCAAAUAGAGACUGGUAACCGUAAGUCACAGGCAUUGGCGAUCCAUUUUCACGGUAUAAAGCAGUAUGGAUCAAAUCAUGCGGACGGUGUCCCCUUUCUGACACAACUACCCAUUCGACCCGGUGAAGAUUAUGUUCAUGAAUUUCGAGUUGUCAACCAAGCAGGCACGUAUUUUUAUCAUGCUCACCUCGGCUUACAAGAAGAAACUGUGUUUGGACCCAUUAUCAUUUAUGAAUCAAAAGAUGCUCACCCAGAAAACUUGACACCAGAAGAGGAACUCUUGAUGGACGGGAUAUCUCGCAAGUUGAUUGCGGGUCCUUAUGAGUAUGACUUUGAACGAACCAUACUUCUUAGUGAAUGGUGGCACCAGACUCGACUUGGUGUAGAAGAUUGGCUGAUGGGUCCUAAAUUUACUAAUAUUCCUGAAGCGGAUAGUGUUUUAAUUAAUGGUCGGACGCUGUUUAAUUCGAGCCAUGUAUCUGUAUCCCAAUGCGAAGGAUAUGAAAUUUUGCCUGUGCAGCCAAAUAAGGUUUAUCGAUUACGAGUGAUUGGUGCUACAGCCUUCCGUACGUUGCUCUUUGGUAUUGCUAAUCAUAAUUUGACCAUCAUCGAAGUCGACGGCGAGCUUAUCGAGCCCUAUACUAUCAGUCAUUUAGAGGUGACCCCAGGUCAACGAUUCUCGGCUCUACUUCACACGGAUCAGGAACCAGACGAUUAUAGCAUAGAAGUGAUACGUAACUGGUCUGAUGGUGUGCCUAAACUCACAAAUGGUUACGGCGUCAUGCAUUAUCGAACCGUACGUCCUGAUGUAGAUCGAUCUCUGCGAUUAAAAAAGCCGACCGUUCUUGCACUUCCAGUGCAUCGUGUAACUUUUGAUUAUGAAGAAGUAGUCAAUUGGGUUUGGCCUCACUUGUAUCCUCUCUAUGGUGUUGAUCCUGUUGUCUACAGACCUGCGAGUAGGACGAUCAAGCUUCGAACGGUCGAAAUGCGUCAGCACAGGGGACAAUCUCGGUUUUACGUCAACGGCGUGGCAUUUCAGGAACAGGCAAACAACCAGCGUCCGAUACUUUAUGAUUUAUUUACCAAUAGACGCAAAGCACCCGAUGCGUUCAACAGACAACCUAAUGGAUAUGAUCCUCAUUUAGGUACUUAUCCCAUAGGGCACUAUGAGAUCAUCGAUAUCGUCAUCCAGUCCACACAUUAUCCUGGCCAACCUUGCCGCAGCCAUCCUUGGCAUACGCAUGGUCACUCUCACUGGGAGAUCGCCAAUGGUAAGGGCGAAUACGAUGAAGAAAGAGAUGGACAUAUUCGAAAUGUACCGCAUCCGAUAAUGAAAGAUGUUACGUUAGUAUACCCUAAUAUAGAUAGAAGUCUAUACCGUGAACACGAAACAAGUUCUACAGAAGCAGUCGGUUGUGGUUGGUCGAAAAUCCGUAUUAUUGCAGAUAAUCCCGGUAUAUGGGCUGUCCACUGUCAUAAUACCUUUCAUAUGCUUCUAGGGAUGAUGGUCGUAUUUGAAGAAGCACCAGAACUCAUCACGAACUAUACAUUUGUAGAUUACCAAAGUUAUCAGCCAUAG